AAUGUUGCUAUAACUACUGAAACCUUGGUGACCAAACUAAACAGAAAGGAGAGCCUUCCCAGUAGCCUCAGAAACACCAAACAUGUCUGUAGAUAUGUCUGCGGAGAAGAUGACAAAAGUUGAAGAGAAUUUGCAAAGAAUCGUGGCACUUAAGAAGAUGGUCAACAGGUGGCAGAAUUCACAUACUCACUGUAUGUGGCAGAUGACCUUAAGCCAGCGGAGAAACCUGUAUGCUACGCUAAGGAUGCAGAGCGCUAUGGAAGAGGAGUUAGCGCUGUCCAACAAACAGCUGCUGACGGUCCGUCAAGCUGCCUUACACCAGCUGUUUGCAGAGGAGCAUCAGCAGUACCAGCAGGAGCUCAGUCGGAUGGGCAAAGCUUUUUAUGAGGAGAGACUGUGACGCUGCCCAGACACUGCUUUUCCUCAUGCCUGCCAACCCCGCCCCUAGUCUCUACCACGAGCUUCCCAAAACACACCUAGGCCUGGGACCUAAGACCGCCCCCUUUUCACCAUCACGUCAGCUGUUGCCUCUGAAAACAAGAGUGACGCCUUGUGGUCAGUGCGGGAUUUGCAGGGUUGCAAGAGGAGAGAAUGCAAUGCACAAUGUCUGGUUUAAAGAAAUCCUGAUUUGGUUUAACAAAUAAAGAUUUAGAUUUAGACCACAGGG